AUGAGGGAGAGAUGGCCCGGAGUUAAGCACAGGUUAGAUGGUUGGCAUGUUAGAAAAGAUGGUGAAUUUUUGUCUACAAAAACUGUCUACAACCACUUUGCUGCAAAAAUGGUGGCCUUUUCGAACCAUGGAAUGACAAGCAGGUUGCAGAUUGCAAUCCUGCAUUUCAAUGAAAACAGUGACAGGGAGCAGGCGACAUUGCAAGAUGGCAGAGAACGAUUCAACAUUGCUUUUCCAAAGUACAAGAAAGGAGAGCAUGCAGUAAAGAAGAUUUUAGUGAAAUGCACAUAUGGUGAGUAUGUUGUCAAUCUGAAAGAGAGUGUUGUACGAAUUCUCCAAGGCACUGAAAGUUCUGUUUUAGUGAGAGCUGAUGCCCCCAGAUCACUAUCAUCGAACUAUGGCCGCCCUGAAAAAAAGGCCGCAGUCAUUGCAUUAAAAUCAAGAUUCAGGAAGUGACUUUCCUCACCAGGAUCCUCAUCAUCCUUAAAAGCUAUGUUGCAAUAUAUUGAUAAGUGAAUAAAGAUGGUGAAUUUUAAGCUCAGGUUUUGAAAUGUGAAAGGUGAAUUGA